UCCGCGCGUCGUCUGCCGCCGCGGCACUGCCAGAAAGCGGCACAUCCUCGAUUCGGGGGACCGCGGGGAUUUUUGAAUCGCGCGCCACGCGACGUUGCCGGUGAUUUUUAACACCCCCGCGCACCCCUCGAUGUCGCUCGACGACCCCGUCUCGAUAUUCACCGCGUUUACGGGCCUCUAAUGUUUCCUGACCCCCCGAGGAAAUUUUCCAGCAUUCCACCAGGUGACCGUUUCCUCAAAUUCCUGGUUAACGUCGCGAGUGGUGUUUCGAAACUUCGUGCGUGUCGGUGUAGAUGGCGGUGGCCGGGCGCGAGUUUGAAAUUCCCGCCAUGGGGACCUUAACUUGCGGUUUUUAGUUUCUUGGUAGUAACCGAAGUAACCUCUCGGCGUCUGGCAAGGUUGAGGUUAUUAAAUGCUGUUAUAGCUGCUUUUUUAGAGGUCCAGGUGAUAUUUGUCGCGAGUUUUGUGACGCUGAGGGUGAACUGCGAGUGGCGCUCCGGAAUUUCUCGCGAGAUUCAAGAUGGCGGCUUGCAGAAGGACGGUUACUCGAUAGGGAUGGCUUGGUGUCUCCUUUUUUUAUUCUCUUCGCCGGUUUUACCCUCGUAACCUUUGAACUGGUCGCGUGUUUCUGUGAAUAGUGUGAAAUCCAUAAACUGCAGGUUUUAGGAGAGUGCUCUAAUGCGCGCUUUUUUUUAAACUCCUGGUGGAAACCGAGGUCGAUAUAAUCGAUGUCCGUCUGUUAUAUUCACGGUGGCCGUUAAAGUGUCUUCCGAGGAAACGGGAAACGAACACUAAGUGACUUUCGAAAAGGUGUUCACCGAUUUUGUGCCACGAAUCGACCGGGAAAACUCACCGACGCCAUUUUCUGCAUAAAUCGCCGUUUUCGGGUGUACUGCAAGAUAGGGUCUCGCCGAAAGUUCAUUGCGGUAGGAAAGGAACACUGUCAAAUGAAAGGAACUACCGAAUGCGACCCGUUAUGGAUUCCUGCCAGGCGAUCGGUUUACCCUGUGAUGUGCAACACCUGGACCAACGUCGACUGCAACACAGGAGGCCGUCGAUGAGUGUCAGCGGUCCUCGUGGACACCUGGAACUUAGGAAAAGCUCCGCCAGAGCGCGCUGGCAUAGCAAGGACCACUCGUCGAGGAAGUCCAAGGAUCUCAUUCGCUUUAAAGGGCUGCGUUCAUGUUGCCUGAAAGUCACUUUCCCGUCACAGGGGGCAUUAUGCAGACUGAGGAAGUCCUGCCCCGGGUUCUGCCGACAGGGGUAGAAGGAUCUCCAACAGACGGCUCGCUUUUUCACCCCCAACACUAUCCACCCCACGCCCAAAGUCCAUUGUCACCCCUCGUUAACAUGGCGGUGAAACAAGAACCAGAGGAAGACGAGGACCGAAUCCGUGGAACGAAUACCAUCAGGACCCAGGUGGAGGCUGACGUGGCAACGAUUGGGGCCGAUGGAAGGCGCGACCACGUCCAUCAGCAAGCCCAUCAGCAGAUCCUGGGGCAAGAUGGAAAAUCCCAGGAUGCUGUCCAGGAAACCACCAGCAGACCCAGACCCAGUCGCGGCCGCAGGAAGUCCAGGUGGAAGCUGAAGUUCCACCACCAAGCUUUGCCACCGGAGUAUCUGGACCACUACGAGGCUGCCCUUGCUCAAGAAGCCCUGAACUCAUCACCGACAUCCAUCACGGAACCAACGACACCUAGUCCAGCCUCGGCGACAUCCACGUCCGCUCCCAGUCCCAUAACAGACGUCCACGGCUGGUUACAGCGGAUCGCAGCGAUGCAGCAAGAACUGUGCCUGGUGGCGCCAAGAAACCCAUCCCUAAGCAACACCCAGCCAACCGGUUCGAGAAGAUCGGUGAUAACUUCGACCUCUCACUCCUGCGGCUCGCAACAGCAUCAGCAUCAGCAGCAUCAUCAUCAGCAGUCGCAGCCGAUCCCUAGACCACCGAUGAAGUACUCGGAUCUGCCCUACAUGGGCGAGAUCACCCUGGACAACAGUAAACCCAGGCGUGGUCGCAAGCCGAAAAAGGCGGACAUCUGCCACCUGAUCUACAAGAACUACGGAACCAUCCUGCCAGGAACCCCAGGUCACGAGGAGAGGAAGCAAGACAACAGGAUGAAGCUAGAAACUAGGGACCAGCCAUCGCAGGUUCCCUUCCAGCGGACCGACAUCCAGAACAGGAUCAGCAGCCUCCUUGAAAAGCGGCUGACCCAGGAAACGCGGAGGACCCUGGCCCUAACGGAGACCCUGAAGACAACGGAGCAAGAGGAGCCCCUGAACCUCUGCAUCAGGGACCUGAAUCAGCUGAAGAUCAGACUGCUGAGGAAGCACGGCAACGUUUACGAGUCUGGCCAGGUGAAGAGCGAGACGUCCAGCGAUGCCGAAGAGGUGGAGUGCAUGGGACCAUCGUCUCCAAGUGCGUUCGACCCCUCUCGACCCAUGGACUCGUUUAACAACUCCAAUGGCGGUGAUCCAGGUGUUGGUCCCAAUCCAGGUUUCGUCUACUGGCCGAACGCCGGGGUCUUCAUCCACCCUAUGGCGCUACAGUCGCAGUUCCUGUACUAUCAGAAGAUGGCGCAGAACGAGAAGAGCCUCGGAUGUGCCGAUCAGCAACCAAAGGAGCAGAAGAUCGUGCCCAAGACGCUGUACUCGAUGCUGGACAACAAGAUGCAAGCCCCAGCGUUACCGCUCCCGGCCCCGGCGCCUCCACCAGAGUCUCCAAGACCCAAGAGGAACGCACCCAUUGGCCAGCAGAUGCAGCCCACGAAAAGGAAGCGCUCCGCCAUCUUCAUCCCGCCCAUGCCCACGGAGAACAACAACAACCCUGCCACCGAAGUCAGCAUAUGCAAGUUCAAGUUCACCGGAGGCGCCAAGCCCAGUUUGCAGGAGAAGAAGAGCCUGUCGGUGGACUCAGGUGGGAACUUUCGGUACUACAGUGGGACUGGGGACAAAAGCAUGAGGGGAUACGAGUUCUUCCCCAGGGAGACCCUCCAGCAGCCUGCGGGCCAGGCUGGCUCUUCUGCUGGAGCCUUCCUGAGCGCUGCUGGGGAACGGCUACCUCCCGUUGGGUGUCUGAGGUCUCCCAACCAGGAGGAGAACCGGCGGAAACGCAAGACCAAGAAGUCCCUCCAGAGGGAGAAGCUGGAGCAGACCUUCAAGGAGAAGGGCUUCCUCAUCCAGACCCAGCAGCUGGAGUCCGCCGAGGGUGCAACCUACUGCAAGUUCCGGCAGCUUCGGAAAUUCACCAGGUAUCUCUUUAGGAGCUGGAAGGACUAUCUUCCUGGGAAUGUGCGCGAGUUGACUGGGGUCCCUGAUGGGGACGUUGGGGAGAGUGAAGUAGAGGGCGAUCCUUCCGUUGGUGGGUCCCCUGGACCGCGACCGGGGAUUUUGGAUGUUCCGCCACCUGGGUUCCUGGAGGAGCCCCGAACUCUGCCUCUCACGUAGAUCUAGGUGUGGUACAGGGUCCUUUAAGUCGUGAUCAGGUAUCAUUGAUGUUCCGUCGUGUGGGUUCCUAGAAGAGCUGCGAACUCUGCUCCUUAUGUAGAUAGAGAUGUGGUGCCGGAUCCUUCCUGCGUUGGGUGUCCUUUAAAUGAAGGAUGAUCAGGGAUGUUCCGACACUUGGGUUCCUGAAGGAACCUCGAACUCUGCCUCUCACGUAGAUCGAGAUGUGGUGCAGGAUCCUUUAGAUGAAGGAUGAUCCUUCUGCUGAUGGGUCUUCUGUGGUGCAGGAUCCUUUUAAUGAAGGAUGAUCCUUUUGCUGAUGGGUC